UGGAAGGCGGAAGUACUUUAAACGGGUGAUGGCUCUUCCGGACCCUGAGAGGAGGGCAUCUGGCUGGAAAUACUCUAAAACUGCCCUUCCUGAAGAGGAUGUCAUAAGCCUUCUAAAGGACUUUGCAGAGUUGAAACGAAAAGAGCGUAAAAAUGAUCCUGAAGUGAAACGCGUAAAGAACAAAUAUAAAUUGAAGGCUUCAGCUUAUCCAUCUCCUGGAAAUAUUUUGCACACUGGACGCCAACUUCCUCGCUCUCCUGGUCCUGGGGUUCUACCUUUGCUCCCCUCACAGAAAUUUGAGCCGCAAGAACCUGGAGAUGAGUGUUUUGAGCAAUUGAGAUCUUUUUCACUUACAGACCUGGACAACAUAGUACCCUCUGGCAAGCAGCUGCAGCGUACCCCUUUAUUUACGAAGCCUGAGCAUUGUCAUGUACUGAGGGAGAUUCACCCCAAUACCAAGAAUGUCAGCAGUACACAGAAACUGUCCCGGACUGCCAACAACUCAGUAAUAUGUAAUACAACUUCAAUUCUAAGUCACGUACAGCCUGUAAACAUAUCUGACACUCUGAAGGACAUAGACAAUGAGGGUCCAGUGGCUGAGAUCAGUGCACACACCGAAACUACUGAAAAGGGGAACAUCUCUAGCCACCAGGCUUGUAAUAACAGGAGAAUAAGUGAACUACCUGUUCAAGGGUUGAAUCAAAUGCGUAUUUCAGGAGUAUUAAAAAAGAUGCCUGGCUAUGAAUGUCGCAGUGAAGACCUGGAGUUCCUGACGUGCAUGAAAAUGCAAGAGAAGGCUAAAGUACUGAAGGCAGAGUUACUUUGUCUAAGAAAGGAUCUUGCAGCAGCAAACCAGGACAAAGAACUGCUCAUUGCCAGGAGGGAUAAGAUUGAAGAGGAUAUUCAUAGGAUGAAAUUGGCCUACACAAGGACUCUGCAGCUAGGGAGAGCUUUCCUGAGCAGGACACAGGAUGUCGCUGGUGUCCAGGGUCUGUCUUCCCAAGAUGUUCUCAAGCAGUUAAACCAUUUGACCGUUCAGAGUGUACAUCAGCAGAAGAGAGCUCAACUACUGGCAGCUCAGAAAGAAGUCAUUAGGAGACGAGAAGAAGCAGGCAGUGUAACAAGACAUUUAGAAGACACAAAAAGCUCACUGAUGUCUAAAAUUGAAUCCUACGAGAAAUGUGUGAACACAGCAAAAGAGAGAAUCCAGCAGCUGAAUGAUGACGUGAUUACUUUGAAAACUCAAAUUGAAAAAACAGACGAAAAGAAAUCUAAGCUAGAGGAAAGUGUAGAGAAGAAGCGAGAACAUAUUAACCAAUGCUUGGAACAACAGUCGGUACCUCCACCACAACGAGAUAUCUCUGAAGAGGAGCGUGAAAGAAUGAACCGGAGAAUGCAGCGUAUUCUCCAUAGAAAAAACCUUUAUAUAGAACGAGAGAGAAUCCUCCAGAAGUUGAAACGAGACCUGAAAUGA